AUGAUGAUGAGGAGGAUGAUAAUGAAAAGGAUGAUGAUGAUGAUGAUAAUGAUAAGGAUGAUGAUGGUGAUGAUGAUAAUGAUAGAGAUGAUGAUGGUGAUGAGGAGGAUGAUGGUGAUGAUGAUGAUGGAUGAUAAUGAUGAUGAUGAUGAGGACCAUGAUGAUGGUGUUGAUGAUGAUGAUGAUGAGGAUGAUGAUUAUGAUGAUGAUGAUGAUGAUGAUGAUAUGAUGACGAUGAUGAUGAUGAUGAUGAUGAUGAUGAUGAAGAUGAAACUACCUGGCACUAAAUGUUGGAUAUAG